UGUCAAUCAGACUGCAAACGGGGUUAGUGUUUUUAAGCGGCUGCGCAACAUUUGGAAUUUCUUUUUGAAAACCACUUUCCAAGUCAACCCGGACCUUCCGCGGCUGUUACUUGUGUCCGAGAAUCAUGUCGCCGACUCAAAAUGCCAACUCGAAUGCAUCAAAUAAAGCUGCCACCAGGAACCAGGCAACAAACAAAAAAUCCAAGAAGACCGAGUCGGCUUCAGGGGGCAACACGUUCGUCACGUGUUUUAUCGUGCUUUCCCUGCUGGGUGUCUGGACGUCUAUAGCCGUGGUAUACUUUAACCCGGUCGACUAUGAGCAAGUUCUCGGUAACCUGGCAGCCUACGAUAAAGACGGAGACGGGGACUUUGACAUCGACGAUGCUAAAAUACUCCUCGGACUGAAAAAAAGUGACCUAGACAUCGCUCCCCUUGACGACGAUGCUCCGGCCCCGGUGGUGAUUCCUAGUCCUGAACCUACAAUAAAGGAGCCUGAAGUCGAGGUUUCCAUCGAGGACAGUUUUGUCCAACAAGAACAGGAGGAUGAAAACCAAGUGCUAGAAAAUGAUGAAGAAGAAGUACAAGAGGAAGAAGAGACUCUGGACCGUGCUGAGAUAUUUGAGGAAGAUCCUGAAGUAGCUGCCGAAGAUGUCCAACCUUUGGAAAGUGUGGACAGCGAGCAGGUUGCCGAAGAAAUACCAGCAACACCCGAGGAAACCGGGCAAGAUAUCGAGCAGCCCGCUUCAGAACCGUUGACACCCGAGGACCAGGAAGAAGUGCAAACAUCCGAGGAACCGUCGGAAGUGCUCUCUGCUCCAGAGGAGGAAGCGGAGGAAUAUGAUCCCAUAGAAGAAGCCGAUCCCGUAGUCCUUGAAGCGGAAGCGGACACGGAAAUCCUUGCCCAAAAACUUGCGGAGAUUCUUUCAGAAACGACCGAAGAUGCCGAGCCCGCGUUUUUGCAGGAUUCCUCUCCACUCGAGGAAGAGGAGUCCGCUCCGGCCGAAGUAGAAGAGGAGGAAAUUCCAGAUGUGGCGGAAGAAAAUGAGACGGGAGGAACAUUCGAAGAAGAAAUCGCGGAUACACUAGGUGACGUCCAAGCGGAAGAAAUCACGGAAACGCUAGGCGACUUCCAAGCAGAUGAAAUCGCAGAAGACUCCGCGCAGGAUGUGCCGGAGGAAGUCGUGGCUCCGCCUUCCUUUGAACAAGAACUCGCGGAAACCCUAGAAGAAGAAGAAAUUGCUGAGGCGGUGGAAGAAAACCAAGUCGAGGCUUCUGAGGACAGGGCGGAGGAAGAAAUGGCUCCGCCCUCGUUUGAAGAGGAACUCGUGGAAUCGCCAGACGAUUCGGCGGAGGCGGUCCAAGCCGACGCUUCUCAGGACGGGGCGGAGGAAGAAAUGGCUCCGCCCUCGUUUGAAGAGGAAGUGGCAGAAUCGCCAGACGCGGUCCAAGCCGACGUGGAGGCGGAAGAAUUACAAACGCAACAGGAGGAAGAAACGGAGGCGACCACUCAAGGAGACGAGGAGCAAACCGUAACAGAAACCUAAAGGCUCCAACGUGACCACGCCGAGAGAGCAGAGUUGCAUCGACGGGUACGAGCGAGCGCCAGCUUUUGACUCGAGGACUCGAUAUUGGGUACCAGCAGCACUACGACACUACAAAUACAUGCUGUAUGUUCCACAUUCCUUUUCAUUCCAUCUGUUUUUUAGUCCAAAUGUGUCAAGCGGUGGGAAAGUCGCUGCAUUUCUUUCCCAGUCUGCCCACGAAUGGGCAGAUUUUGCCCUGAAAAUUUGUUCCAUACACUCGCACCUGUGAGACUAGAAAUUUGAAUUAUUAUCCGUAAACUGUUUUUGUUGUUGUGGGUAAUAAUGCACACUUGAGCUUUUAAUGUAUUUAUUAGUAAAAUAGUGGAAAUGUGAAUAUUGUGAACCCCAAAUUUCCUUUUUCAUUUGUGUGCUCUUAGCAUUUUUCUCCCUCUGUUCAGCGUCCCAAAUAGAAAUGCAAUAAACAACUGUGAGGUUUUUUUUUGUUUUGUUUUUAAUUCACCUAUUAAAUCUGAAUAGGA